UGAGUUGUGGGAUAGGUGGGGAUGUUUCCAUCAUGGCGGCUUCCAUUUCGGGUUAUACCUUCAGUUCUGUGUGUUAUCACAGUGCCAACAGCAACUCAGAUCACGAAGGAUUUCUGUUGGGAGAAGUAAGACAAGAGGAGACUUUCAGCAUCAGUGAUUCACAAAUCAGCAACACAGAGUUUCUGCAGGUAGUAGAAGUCCAUAAUCAUGAGCCAUGUGCACAUCUUUUUAGCUUUUAUGACUACGCAGGUAAAGUUAAUGAAGAGAAUCUCAACAGAAUUCUCAAAGACAGAAGAAAAAAUGUCAUCGGUUGGUACCGCUUCAGGAGAAACACGCAGCAGCAGAUGUCCUUCAGGGAGCAGAUCAUCCACAAGCAGCUGACCCGCAUUCUGGGAGUGCCUGACCUCGUCUUCCUUCUCUUCAGCUUCAUCUCCACUGCCAACAACUCCACGCAUGCGCUCGAGUACGUGCUGUUCCGGCCAAACCGAAGCAGGUACAAUCAGAGGGUUUCACUUACCAUUCCCAAUCUGGGCAAUACAAGCCAACAGGAGUAUAAGGUUUCAUCCGUACCGAACACAUCUUGGAAUUACGCCAAGGUGAUCAAGGAGCACGGUGCUGAAUUCUUUGACAAGGAUGGGGUAAUGAAGGAUAUCAGAACCAUCUUCCAAGUGUACAGUGCGCUACAAGAGAAAGUCCAGGCAGUGUGUGCAGAAGUGGAGCAGAGUGAACGUGUGAAAGAGAAUAUUCAAGAAGAAGUGAACAAACUUAAACAGCACAUAGCUCUCAGGAAAAGGAAAAAUGCAGAGGAGGAGAGGAGAGUUCGGGAGGCAGCAGCAGGGCCUGCAGCAGUCGGAGGACAAGCUCCGGUGGAAGAUUCCGAGUCUCCUCUCCACUCCAGGGAGGCGUUCCCAACUGCUGCGUCGGACCGCCCCGACCCAGAGGAGCCCCUUUCCUCAGAUGUGCCGCCCCCGUACGCAGAGGUGGUGCCCCGAGACAGCCCCGCAGUGCCCUGCCCCGAGCCCAGCACGGCUCUCCUGCCCCGGCCGCAGGCGGUGGGCUCCUCGGGCCACGUGCCCCCCGGCCUCGCGCUCGGCGGGGCUGGCGGCGCGGAGUAUUCAGGAAACGGAGACGGUUCCAGCACUGACUCCUCGGACAGGCGAGCCGCCGGGCAGGAAGACGAAGAGGACAGCAGCAGCGAGUACGAGAACCUGGUCCAGGAGCCCUCGGAGUCAUCGGACAACGAAGUGCCGCCGCUUCCCCAGGCACGGCCCGCAGCACUGAGACCCGAUGGGGAUGCCCGCAGCUCCCAGGCCUCUCCGAUCCGGAUGCAGUGAGGCUCCGUGGGGACUGGGGAAUAGAGCUUCAGGCGGCCUCUACUGGGCAAGCGAUAAUCCAUUGAAAAUGAGGAAGAGAAUAGAACUAGAAAAAGAGGAUUCAGGGCCCUGAAAAUAAAAGGCACGUGCAGAUCGUUCUACCGUUUGUUUUUUGGUGUGUUUUAAAUUUUGCCCAAAUGGAAAAGUUUGGACUUUGAUUCCUGGUCUGGGGAGUCAAGCCUGGCUUGGUGCUGCCUUAGUGAACAGAGAGGUUUUUAAAGAUUUUAUUUUUUGUUUUGUUUUGGGAGGGGAGACACGUUAGAAUAACAAGACUCUAUCAGUGCCAUGUUUUGGUUAGGUUUGGUUAUACCAGUAAAACUACUGGAAGGAACACAGGCCCACUCUGUCCUUUGGUGGCAAGUCUGCGGCCACCAUCUGUUAAUAACCUAGGUAAACAAAUCAUGCCAUUACCUCUUGCACUAUUUUGCCUUGUUUUUACAUUUAUUUAAAUGGAAAAGGGAAAAUAAAGUUUCUGCGGCCUUUGAUAUUUUCUUUUUUAAAUGAACCAAAUUAAUGUUUAGCUAGUGAUAUUUUGUUUCACGACACCUAAUCAGAACAAAGAAAGAAUAUAUAUUAUACUUGCUUCAGCUUGCACGUUUCUUGGAGACUAUUUAUGUGAGCAGGACUGUUGUCUGCAAAAAAUUUUCUCUUACAAUUGAUAAGUCUGUUAAUAAUGUGGUUGCCUAUUUCUUUAACGGAAGAAAACGUAAUGCUAAGGAAAAAAUGCACUUCUUUGUUAAGGGGUGUUUUUUUUACUUAGUUCAAAGUAAAGUGGUUGUUAAUACCAUGGCACAAUGUUGAUAUCUUGUUCUUCUCAAAUAACACUGACAUUAUAUGCUCUUUGGUGCACUUAAAUUUGCUGAAUUUUCUAUAUUUCUUGUGCUUUACCAGUACUGUUAAAUUGUGCCACAGAUAAGUCUGCUUUACAUUAGGGGUGGGAUAUUAAGUUCACCUUUUGUGCAAUGUUUGGGAUUUGCUGAACAAGCAGCAAUUAACAAAUAAGAAGAUGCUCUAGUGUGCAGUCUAGUGUGAAGUCUGUUAAAACAUUGAAAGCAACAUGAGCAAGAAAAUCUGCUUAUCUCCUACCUGUACUACUGCUGAUACUAUAUUUGCUCCAGUUUAAAGUGAAGAGUUUCUGUUCUGCCGGUUUUGAAAGGGAGGCGCCUUACAGAUUUUAUGCUGCAUUGGAAUUUUGUGGUGUAAACCACUUGUUGACAGCUGUAAGCUUCUAUAAUUCACAGGCCUUUAUGGCUGCAAGAGCUGUGAAUCAGUGUUCCUUCAAAACAACAAAAUCUUAUAAAGCUUUGGUGCCUUCCAUUUACGCAACUAUACCGCCAAAUCAUGAAAGUGGGAGGACAAAAGCUGGAAAAGACUGAUUUAUAUAGGUUCUUGACAUCAGAGCACUGAAAACCUUAGUGAAGGACUAAUCCUAAAAAGAGACUAUUGGAUGACCGAUGAACAUAAGAGGGCAGGUUUAUUCCCAAGCACAAAGUCUGAUGACAAGUUACCCAAGAGCAUCGGUUGAAUGGCUGAAGAAAAGGUAACUAGCUGCAUUAAAUAUUGGAUACAUUUUUCCAUGGAUAUCUUGAUUCAGCCUAAACUUGAUUUGUACAGGGUAAUAAAGUAAAAAUGGUUAUUUGGUUUACAGUC